AUGUCGACGAUCCAGCAGCUCAAGAACUUUAUCCGCCAUGGCAAACAAGCUCGCAAUGUUAAUGUAGACGACGAGCCCUUGAGGAAGAAUGAUGUACCACCUGCUCCCGCUGCAAACCAGGAGAAAAUGAACAUCUCCGACCCCGUCCUACACCAACAGCUUCCUCACAAAGAGCCACUCGAGGCCUACUCAGAGGCGUCGGGAGAUGCCCAGAACCUAGCUGCUCAAGCCCACGCCGCUGCCGCCCACCACGUUGAGCUCGCUCAAGAUAUCAACGCCAAAGCGUGUGGCACUUCCAAGAAACGCGUCGACGAUGCUAGCCUGGCCAAACUUGUUGCCGAGGAAAACGCAAGCAGGGCCAAGUUCCCUAGAUAUCCCGGUCUAGAACGAUGGGAGCUGAUCGAAAAGAUGGGCGACGGUGCGUUUAGCAACGUAUAUCGCGCCCGCGACUUGCAAGGCGACGCUGGUGAAGUUGCCAUCAAGGUCGUUCGUAAAUAUGAAAUGAAUAGCAUGCAACGUUCGAAUAUAUUGAAAGAGGUCCAGAUUAUGCGCCAGUUAGAUCAUCCGAACAUUAUUAAGCUCAUCGAUUUUUCCGAAUCCAAGCAAUAUUACUACAUUGUUCUUGAGCUCGCUCCUGGUGGCGAGUUGUUCCAUCAGAUUGUCCGCCUCACGUACUUUAGCGAGGAGUUGUCUCGCCACGUAAUUGUUCGUGUUGCCCGAGCGUUGGAGUACUUGCACGAGGAGAAGGGAGUCGUUCAUCGUGAUAUCAAGCCUGAGAACAUCUUGUUCAACCCGAUACCUUUCAUCCCCUCCAAAGUCCCGAAACCAAAGCAACCGGGUGAUGAGGACAAGGUGGAUGAGGGCGAGUUUCUUCCUGGAAUAGGCGCAGGGGGCAUCGGUGAGAUCAAGAUUGCCGAUUUUGGCUUGUCAAAGAUCGUUUGGGAGAGUCAGACUAUGACGCCUUGUGGCACCGUUGGUUACACAGCCCCCGAAAUCGUCAAGGAUGAACGAUAUUCCAAGUCGGUUGAUAUGUGGGCCCUCGGAUGCGUAUUGUAUACCCUGCUCUGCGGGUUUCCCCCAUUCUAUGACGAGAGCAUCGAGGUCCUCACCGAAAAAGUGGCCAAGGGACAAUAUACUUUCUUGUCACCGUGGUGGGACGAUAUUUCCCAAUCCGCCAAAGACCUCAUCACCCACUUAUUGACUGUCGAUCCGGAUAAGCGAUACACCAUUCGUGAGUUCCUUGCCCACCCGUGGAUUCAGGGUACUGGACCAACUCCUAGCGAGGAGAGGAGGAAGUCGGAGGCUGUUCUCCGAGGCUUUGAUGCCAGCAAGCUGGACGAGGUGGGCAAGCGGUAUGACUUCCGGUCACCUGGUGCUGUCAACUUGCGCGAGGUGUUUGAUGUGAGCUAUGCUGUCCAUCGUCAAGAAGAAGAGGGCAAGAGACGUGCUCAAGUCGGAGCUCGAGCCGGCGGCAUGGGCAAGCCUUUGAGUGGCUUGGAUGAAGAAGAUGAGGAGGCCGACGAGAUGCAAGUUGACCAGCAAGCUCAGAAUAAGGCCCCCAACAACGCGACCCGUGCCCUUGAACAAAGCAUGCGGAAUACCAAUAUUCGAGAUCAAGAAGCCCAUGUUCGGGGACGGGAACGUGAACGCGCGCCUGCGCCUGCGCCUGAGAGGGGGUAUGGCCAGCAUUCGGCAGCCGUGACCGCUGCAGCUAGACAACAGGUUCGAGACCGAAAUCGACAAAAGGGCGCGUUCGAGCUGAAUCUUGACAAUGCAACACUACUUGGCAAACGAGGCAAAAAGAUUUCCGCCAUGGGCGCAUAA